AUGGCUGCGCGUGCGAUGGCUUCGCGUCUCGCGCCCUCGCAGGGUUUAGCGGGUUCCGCGGGGAAUCUAGGCUGGCAGCAUUCCUCGCUAUGGAGCGAUUCGAGACUCGCCAAAGGGUCCAUUCCCGCUCCAGCGUUUCAAGCCUCCCCCCAUACGCGCAAGCCCGUUGCGCCAGUGGCCAUGGCGCGCAAGAAGUCCGGCUUCGCGCAGCUGCUGUCCAAGGGCAUGUCAGGCCCGCCAGCAGAGGCGCGCCCCAAGGCCCCCCUGAAGCGCGGAAAGCUGUCCCCCAUGCGCGCAGUGCCCCCCCACAUCCCGCGUCCCCCCUACGCUGACAGCGGAAUCUCCCCGCCCUUUACCAUGGAACCACAGGUGCAUGGGGAGGAAGGGCAGCGGCGCAUGAGGGAGGUGGGGCAGCUGGCAGCGCGAGUCAGAGACCACGCCGGCACACUCGUCAAGCCCGGCGUGACAACGGACGAGAUCGACCGCGCGGUGCACGAGAUGAUCAUUGAGGCGGGAGCAUACCCCUCGCCGCUCAACUACGCCGGCUUCCCCAAGUCGGUGUGCACGUCAGUCAACGAGUGCAUCUGCCACGGCAUCCCUGACUCGCGGCCUCUCGAGGAUGGGGACAUUAUCAACAUCGACGUCACAGUGUACCUUAACCGUUACCACGGAGACACGUCCAAGACAUUUUAUUGCGGCAACGUCUCUACAGCUGCCAAGAAACUAGUAGAGGUGACUGAGGAAGCGUUGAAUGCAGCCAUUGCAAUCUGUGGGCCCGACGCCGAGUUCAAGAAGAUCGGCCAGGCCAUUCAUGCCAUGGCAGACAAGCACAGCUACGGGGUGGUGAGAAAGUUCAUCGGCCACGGUGUCGGAUCCGUCUUCCAUGCCAGUCCCGCCGUGCUACAUUACCGCAACAACGAGCCAGGGCGCAUGCAAGUGGGGCAGACAUUCACGAUUGAGCCCAUGUUCACGAUGGGGGGUGUGCGGGAUGUGAUGUGGGAUGACGGGUGGACGGCAGUCACUGCGGAUGGCACCUUGACAGCCCAGUUUGAACACACUCUGCUUAUAACGGAGACAGGGGUGGAGGUGCUCACAAGGUGA